CACUAGAAAAGAAUGGGGCAAGUGUUCUAUGAUCGCAGUGCAUAAGCGUGGCGACGAAAUGUAAACAUAUAUACCGACUACGAUUGCCGACUCCAGUCGGUCAAUGCUAAAAUGUAAAAUUUAUUUAUAUACGCUACUCAAAGAUUACAAUGCAUAUACUUUUAAUAUAGACUUACGAUUAGCUACGAUUCGAGUCGUCGACUCGAAAAAUAGACUGAAGUCUAAAUGCAAGACGGCCGAUCCAGUCAGUCGAUGCCUCACUAUGAUUGGAGGAAUUACCCGUAUAUUUAGAAGAUACAAAAAAAAACAAUAAUUUUGAAAGUAACAUCGGAGAUAAGAAAAAAGCUGCAGUAGAUGCAACCUUUUUGAUCGAAUUGGUAAAAAGUGAAUAUGAAAAACAAAACCAAAAGCAAUGUGAAGAAAUGUGGAAUAUUUUCACUUUCGUCUGUACUCGAUAACUUGUCACAGUGUCUAACUUUCUUCAGAUAUCAUAUGCAGCACACAGAGAGUGCGUUCUGAAAUGAGCAGUGCUUAAGCGUGCUAAUGAUUUCGGAACAGUGUUUACGCUCUCGGCACUGUGAAUGCUGUGAGCGUUUUUCGGACCGCGGCCAUAUAUAGCACUUGACAGCUUGACAGGGGUCAUAUUUUUUCUAUACAAUAGAAUGAGAAAGCACUAGGAGCAAAUCAACUUUCUCACUCUGUUUUAAACUGCCAACUUCCGUCUUCAUUGGUUGCUACAGCAGAAGUAUAGGAAUUCUUGGUCUAUGUAUAUACGUCAUUAAAAAAGCAAUCCGACGUCUUCGAUCUACAAUGCCAAACGCAGCUAUUAGUUGUUAAACGCCGUUUCUAUGAUGGACGUGAGUACCGGAGACAACAACGACGAUGUGUCGUUCCGUCUGGGAGAGAUGUUUAACAGCUAUGAGGAGUUGGAGCAGAAGCUGGAGAGAUUCUCGAGAUGCAGUCUGGUGCACUACUGGAGACGAGACAGUAGAACUGUCAGUGGGGCUCAUAUGAAGACAGCUCGGCCAAUUAGUGAAAGACUCAAGUACUAUUCUGUUAAAUAUGCGUGCAUUUAUGGAGGCCAGAAGUUCCUACCACGUGGUGCUGGAAGACGACAGUCUCAAUCCAUACGGACCAAUUGUCCCGCUCAUAUCAUGCUCAGGGCAUCCAAAGAUGGCACAAAAUUAGAAGUAACUAGUGUCAACAAUGAGCAUAAUCAUGAAAUCUCAGAGGAACUAUUUAAGAAUCUUCCACAAGAGAGAAAGCUAUGUGGUGAGAUCAAGCAGGAGGUGCAAGAUCUGAUGCAGUUGCACAUUGAUCGUAAAAGACUGAAGGAGUAUGUGCGAUUGCGUACCAACAAAGUGCUACGAUCCAAGGAUUUAUUUAACUUGGCAGCAGCUAAUAAGCAAAAGAGAGACAUUACGCCGGAACGGGCGUAUCAGUUGUACAAGAAGAUACACGACAUCGAGAAAAUGCAGGGUAGAGAUAAUAGCAAAAGGAUAUACUCCGAAUCCGAGGACGAGAUAGCGCAGACCAUAAAAAGGAUGAAGAAAGAGCAGGAAUCUGCUUGGGGUCAAGAUGGAUUGUCAACGGAAUUGGAAGUGAGCGAAGGAAACGACGGCGAGGACUCCUAUGGUGGUCAAUUGACGCAAGAGGAAGUGGCGGCUGAGAUCGACACGAGCGAGGGUGAAUUACUGCGAGCGAACAACGAGGGUGACAUCAUCGCGGCUAACGGGGAAAUAGUGGGCGAAUUAGUAAUGGAGGAUGGCGAUCCGUCGGUGAUAGUCGAAUCUAUCGUCAACACGGACGGCUCUGUGUUCGUCGAUGGGAGGGAAUUUAACAGUUACUGCAGCAAUCAUCUGACUCACACAGUGGACGAGAGUCAAUCGCCGAAAUCACGUGUUCUAGAUAUAGAAACGAUCGCACCUACUAUUGAGGAAGUCACGAAGACGUCGCCCAAUCAUAAAUCGCAGAAUGAUUCCUUGGCGUCGCCAAAAUCGCCUGGCAGUUUUAACGAGGCCGACUCGAGAAUCUGGAUCGUAAAGGAGGGCGCGUCCGUGGAAACUGAGCCGGAAAGCGGACCCGAGAGCGAGACUAAUUCGACGACUCAGCCAAUUUCUAUGAUGAAGCCAGGUGCAGUGGAUGAUGUGCCCGAAAUGAUACUGUCCGACGAGACGAGCCACCAGCUACUUCAGGAGCAACUAGCGGUGUUACGUGCGGAGAGAGGGAAGCUGUUUCACGAGACUGAGAUGCUGAAAAUGAAGAAGGACAAGUUGAAGUUGCAAAUCAAUUGUUAUUCGAACGAGAUAAGCAAGCAGGAGAUGGAAAAGGAGAAACUGAGGCUCGAAAUUAAGCUGCUUCAGUCCAAAGUCAUGGAAGACACCAACGAUGUAUCACACUACAUCUUCGUGCCUUAAAUUUCCCGACUGUUUGUACAAAAUAACUGUAAAUAAUGUGUUUUAUCGCUUUAAUAUCCCGUUGAAGUUACGUGUGUAUAUAUUUGAACGCAUACGUGCGUUUGUUAUGACAGUCAGUUGCGAGAUCGUUGCACAAGGUCUGUCGUCAGUUCACAUUGCUAGCAAUAAUUGGAUUUCCUUAUUUAUAUCGAGAGGAUAUGUUCUUGUUGGUGAUAUGUGAUAAACGAUAAAAUGUAGUAAAUAAGACAUCGCGCGUGUUACCUUUCCAGCCGAUCAACGCUGAAACUUUCUUUUUUUUCCUUUAUCGAAUUUCACGUUUCAUUAUCUUCUAACUUGUGUAAAGUAAACGGAGGCGAGGGAGAGGGAGUGAUGAAUAAUUGCGUAUUAUUGGUUUUAUAAUACAUGAUUUUAUGAAAAUGAGAUGUAGCAGAAUAACUGCGUUAAAGGAUUCCAUGCGUAUUCCACACGAAUGCUUCCUCAUCACCAGCUACAAACUGUCGCAAAUAAACACAUUAUUUUUAUUAUUUUA